AAAGGCACUGUUCUCGAAGUGAAAAAAGAAAACUUGCUCCAAGCAUACUAUAGUUCUAAUCUUCAAAACCUCAAAUGCCAGAGAUGGACUCAUCCAAUUUGUCGAACACCGGUGGUAUUAACAUAGAACCAUUAAUCAACACGAGUCUGAAAGUUCCUCAGAAUGAAGGAAAUAUUGCAAGGGGAAAUGGAGAAGGACAAGGCUACUUAGAGAUAGCGAUGUUUGCUGCCUACGUCAUCAUAUUCCUGGCCUCGCUAUUAGGCAACUCCGUUAUCAUUCAUAUCAUUCGAGCAGAUAACUCCUUGAAGACCACAACAAAUCGUUUGAUAAUGACCCAAGCAUAUGCAGAUCUUUUAAUGACAUUCAUAGAGCUUCCGUUUUCUAUUUAUCACAGAAUAACGAAUAGUUUAUGGUUUGGAGGAGUUUUUGGUUUCAUUACUUGCAAGAUGACUCUGGCUGCUGUGUUUUCCGUACCACAAUUUUCAGUAUUGAUGCUUGUCAUGAUUGCAGUUGACCGUUUCUAUGCAGUACUUCUACCUUUGCGACAGUCACCUAUAUCAAAACAUUUGAAAAAAAUUAUUGCGAUUCUCUUGUUAUGGUCUUCUGCUUGGUCCCUUUCCUUUAUCAAUGCCAAGAACUUUAUAAAAGCCAAUAAAUCACAUUAUUGUGAUUUAUCACUUCUGUUUAAUAACUGGAAUGAAUUCAACAUUACUUCUCUUGUUUCAUGCAUUGUAGUACCUCUUUUGAUAAUAGUAAAUCUUUAUGCGGCUGUGUGCUGGAAACUGUGGUCUCGUAAAGUUCCAGGAGAAGGAGAACAUCAGAUCAAAGCUCAAAGAAUAGCAAAAAGAGUCACCCUAAUGAUGAUUGUGGUAGUAGUAUUAUACAUACUGUUCUGGUUUCCUUCGAAAGGAGAUGAACGAAUGUACGGAGGAUUCGUCAACAAGGAAUCUACGAAUGACCCAAUAAGGUGCCUGGAGAAAUAA